AUGGAUCAAUUGGAGAUAAUCAAGAAACGUCUUCAGGAUAAUAAUAUCACUUCAGUGCGUUUUGAACAAUCUGAUAUGUAUGGGAUCCCACAUUGCAGAGCCAUUCCAACCAGGCAUUUUGAGAAGAUGGCAUUGAAAGGAAUCAACAUUUCUAUGGGUUUCAUGGCUUUUGAUCCCAGGGGACAUAUCGCACCGAACAGUGGAUACGGGGAAGAAAUUCACUACGCUGAUUGUCUGGCAUUUCCAGAAAUGGAUACCUUUCAGAUAUUGCCUUGGUGUACGAAGACAGCAAUGGUCUUGAUCGAAGGUGUCCAUAACGGAGGGAAGGUGCCUAUCUAUCCAAGGGUGGUAGCCCGGAAGCAGUUAGAAAGGUUGGACAAAUUUGGGCUGUCGCUUUGGUCGGCUCACGAACACGAGUUCUAUGUAGUAAAAGAAGACACCAUGAAACCAUUACACGGGUAUACUAAUGCCACAGCAGUAAUUCCCAUGGUAGUAUACGAACCCUUUUUCCAGCAGAUACUCAAAGACCUACCUCCGACUGGUGUCAAUAUCGAAUGCUAUGGCGUUGAAGCAGGUAAAGGACAAAUAGAAAUCACAUACCGCCCAGAAUUUGGAAUUAAAGCUGCAGACACUGCUCACACCUACAAGAUUGGUAUUAAGGAAAUCGCGCUCAAGCACGGAUUGGUGGCAACGUUUAUGUCGAAACCAUGGCAUGACAGUAUUGGGAGCUCAGCACACUAUUGCCAUUCCCUCUGGGACGUGGAUGGGAAGAUAGCAAAGCUGUUUGAUUCUGGGAGUGCAAGUGGUUUAUCAGAGAUUGGUCAACACUGGGUGGCUGGACUCAUUGCCCACGCUAGAGCGAUAGCUGUGUUGAUGGCACCAACGACCAAUUGCCUCAGGAGAUUCAAACGCAACUCCUUUGCACCCUGGAACGCAACGUGGGGGCCUGACAACAGAACCUGCGCAAUUCGUGUCAAAACGAAUGGUGACAGUGGCACGUACAUCGAAAACCGGAUGGGAGCCAGUGGCUGCAGUCCGUACAUUAGUAUGGCUGCAACUAUUGCAGCUGGAUUAGAUGGAGUCAUCAAUAAACUUCCCCUUCCAGAAGGGAUCGAUGGACCAGGGGAUGCAUACAAGGAUGAAUACAUUCCAUCUGGGACAAAGAUAAUCCCAGACAACAUGGAAGAAGCAAUUGAAGCUUUGCUGGCCGAUGCUGCUAUCACAGAUGCACUAGGACCAGAAUUUAUCAAGUGUUUUGUUGCAUGUAAAAGGCACGACAUGAAACUUGAAAAGGAGGCAAUUUCAAAAGGCACACUUGAGGAAUGGGAGAGAGAUUAUCUCUUCUGUAUGCUAUGA